AUGACCAGGGGUGCUUGGAUGCGUCGGCAGCACGAUGAAGGCUUAAAAUAUUGGUUUGCACCCCGAGAGAACGAGAAGCCAUUUACCGAGUCGGAGCGGGCCCAGAGAUGGCGACUGUCGCUGGCCUCUCUGUUGUUCAUCACCGUCCUGCUCUCUGAUCACUUGUGGUUCUGCGCCGAGGCGAAACUGACACGAACCCGAGACAAGCGGUUGGACGAGGGGCUUGCAAUUACAGACAUGGGUGAGCACCAAAACUCCCUCAACCGAAAUCAUACCCCAACAUCACCUGACCCCCGCCGUCUCGCCAGAGAGCAAGAUGCUAUUUUUCUAGGGAAUUCUACCAAACCUCUAUGGCGAAUGGACACCUGUCACCCCGAUAGUGUGUCCAAAGACUGCUUUACUUUCACGGACGCCGAGACCGUGUGCCGGGGCCUCUCCGGUGGAGGGGGAAAGGGGACACAGUUGGCGUACGUGAAUCUGAGCGAUUUGUACCUUUCUUUUUGUAAUUCCUACUCACUUUUGGAUUUGUUUUACGGGUUUACGAGUCUAGACAAUUUGAAUUGCACCCUGGAUAUGGCCAUGGCGGUGGAUCAGCAGGGAUGCAGCGAGUGUGUCCGGGCUUACCAGCUUCUUGACCAGGAGGUGGAGGAGAGGUACCAGGAGUUUGAACUGCUGGUUCAGAAAUACGAGACGGAUGCAUACUCGGUUAGGACGUGCAUGGAGGAAUGCAAGAUGGUUUAUAAGCCCUGGCUGUGUUCUCAGUACUUCCAGACCACCCAGAUGCACUGCACUAAGCGAAUCCCCUGUGGUCAGUACUGCCUGGAGGUGCAGCAGCGGUGCCCCUUCGUCCUUCCCGACAAUGAUGAUCUCAUUCACGGAGGCAGCCCCAGUUUUAUAUGCACAGGGUUGCUGGAGGACUAUCCAUCAGGUGUGAACCCAGAUGCAGAGUGCUGCGAUGUACGGUGGGACUUAAAAGUGGACAACCGUUCCUUGGGGACCUUGAAAAGAACUCACCCGCCAUGCCAGCACCGGACCUCCCUCAGCUCCUCGGCAGCCUGCAGACUGUGUAACAGCCGGCUCAAACUCUGCCUGCUGGUCCUCGUCCUCCUACACACUGUUGCCAGCCUCACUGCAUCCCACAAUGCAACAGGACUGGGCCUCCCCGCUAUCACGCCUCUGGAGGAGAGCCCUGCCAACGAGGAGUGA